UAUCGAAAAAAAAACAAUAAGGUGACGUGUAGCAGAUUUUUUUCGAUACAUUUUUGUUUCGUUGUCGUUUUCUUCUUCUUCAUUCAUCUUCAUCAAGCCGCAAUAAGCGACAAAUACCGCUUUUCACAAGAUUGAAAAUCAUUGAUACAUCAUGGAAGAAUAUAUUGAAUCGAUGGAAGAUCGUGAUGGUAUCCGGUUCAAUUGGAAUCGUUGGCCACAAACUAGAGUUGAAGCUGCCAAAGUUGUACUUCCAUUAGGUUGUUUAUUUACACCAUUGAAAGAAACUCAACGUGAUUCUGCUGCUGCACCAUCUUCGCUUCAAUAUGAACCGGUUGUUUGUGCACGUCCUAAUUGUCGAUCCAUUUUGAAUCCUUAUUGUCAGGUGGAUUAUCGUGCUAAAAUUUGGGUUUGUCCAUUUUGUUUGAAUCGAAAUUCAUUUCCAAAUCAUUAUCAUCAAAUAACUGAAACAUAUAAACCAGCCGAAUUGGGCCAUUCUACUGUUGACUAUGUUAUAUUGCGAGCACCAAUCAGUACGCCACCAAUUUUCGUUUACGUUAUCGAUACCUGUAUCGAUGAAGAAGAAUUGAAUGCAUUGAAAAGUUCCAUACUAAGUUCAUUGAAAUUAUUACCACCCAAUUCAUUAGCAUGUUUGAUUACAUUCGGUCGAAUUGUUAGUCUAUGGGAAAUCAAUACAAAUUUACGAUCGUUUGUAUUCAAAGGAAGCAAAGAUUAUACAGCUAAACAAUUACAAGAAUGGUUGGGUAUUCGAAAUGCUGUACAACAAACUCCGCAACCAAUGCAACAGCAUCCUAAUUCGCCAAUAAAUGUCAACAAAACAAAUAUGGCACAUAAAUUUCUUCAACCAAUUUCACAAGCAGAUUUUAUUCUAAAUGAUAUUAUCAAUCAGAUAACACGCGAUUCAUGGCCAACUCCACAGGCAAAACGUCCACUUCGAGCUACUGGAGCUGCUUUAUCAAUCGCUAUCAGCCUGUUAGAAAUAACAUAUCCAAAUUGUGGUGCACGAAUAAUGAUGUUCAUUGGUGGACCAUGUACUACUGGUCCUGGAAUGAUUAUCGAUGAUGAUCUUAAAAAUACUAUUCGUUCACAUCAUGAUAUUGAAAAAGAUAAUUGUAAAUAUAUGAAAAAAGCAAUGAAACAUUAUCAAGCAUUAGCACAACGAGCUGCUGUUAAUGGCCAUACAAUCGAUAUCUAUUCAUGUGCACUUGAUCAAACUGGUUUACAUGAAAUGAAAUAUUGUGUUAAUUCAACUGGUGGUCUAAUGAUAAUGUGCGAUUCAUUUGAUUCGAAUUUAUUUAAAUUAUCAUUAUCACGUGUGUUUGCCAAAGAUAAAGAAGAUCGAUUAAAAAUGGCUUUUAAUGCUGUUGUUGAAAUAAAAACAUCACGUGAAUUGAAAGUUUCCGGUUGUAUUGGUUCGUGUGUUUCGAUGAAUGUUCGAAAUCAAUAUGUUUCGGAUACAGAAAUCGGAAUCGGAAAUACUGCACAAUGGAAAUUUUGUUCACUUACUUCAAGUUCGACAACUUCAUUUUAUUUCGAUAUUGUACAAACACAGGCAACCAAUCAGCAACAAUAUGGAUUCAUUCAAUUUGUUACACAAUAUCAAGGAAUAGAUGGAUAUCGCCAUGUACGCGUAACGACAGUUGGACGAGAAUUUAGCAAUACUGAUUUUGCAUUCGAUCAAGAAAGUGCUUGCGUUUUAUUGGCACGUUUAGCAUGUCAUCGGGCACAAACCGAAGCUAAUGGGCCAGAUGUUCUUCGUUGGUUGGAUAGAAAUUUGAUACGUCUUUGUCAACGUUUUGGUGAAUAUAACAAAGAAUCACCAGAAAGUUUUCGAUUAGGUCCAUUGUUUAGUAUGUUUCCACAAUUUAUAUUUCAUCUACGUCGAUCACAAUUUAUACAAGUUUUUAACAAUUCUCCCGAUGAAACAUCAUUUUAUCGUCAUUCAUUAUUUCGUGAAGAUACCUAUAAUUCAUUGGUAAUGAUACAGCCAACUUUACUUGCAUAUUCUUUCAAUGAACCAACACAACCAGUAAUGUUAGAUACAUCAAGUAUUCAUCCAGAACGAAUUCUAAUGAUGGAUACAUUCUUUCAAAUUGUUAUAUUUCAUGGUGAAACUAUUGCUGCUUGGCGUAAUGCCAAAUAUCAUGAACAAUCUGGAUAUGAAGCUUUUGCUCAAUUACUUGCAGCACCGGUUAAAGAUGCUCAAGAUUUAAUGUUAAAUCGAUUCCCGUUGCCUAGAUAUAUUGUUUGCGAUCAAGGAUCAUCGCAAGCACGAUUUUUAUUGUCAAAAGUAAAUCCAUCACUAACACAUAAUUCUGCAGCCGGUUUCUAUGGUGAUCGUGCUCAAGCUCCUGUCUUGACCGAUGAUGUUUCUUUUGAAUUAUUUAUGGAACAUCUUAAAAAAUUAGUUGUAUCAUCAGCUUCAAAUUAAUGCAAUUAUUAUUUGUUUUGAUUGAAAUUGUUUUGCAAAAUAAUGAUGUCGCAUUUGUUUGUUUUUUUUUUUU